AUGGCAUCUUCACAAAACUCCCCCAGUACCAAGCCGCUCCUCCCUUCAUCCGCCCCGAUACCGCUGCACCCCCAAAAGCAACGGAUCGACUACUGGGCUUGGGAAUAUGUAGCCCUCCUCGUCUCUUUCCUCGCUGUCGCUACCAGUGCAGUUGUUCUACUCAUGUUUGACCAGAAACCUAUUCCCGCUUGGAGUUGGCAGAGUAAUGGCAUAAGUGUGAAUUCGAUCAUUUCUCUUUUAUCUACCCUGUCGAGGGCAUCACUACUCAUGCCGAUUGAUGAGUGUAUGGGUCAACUCAUGUGGUUGAGGUAUGAGUAUCGCGCACAGAGGCUGGCGGAUGUGGGUUUGUAUAACGAGGCAUCGAGGGGGGCGUGGGGGGCGUUGAGACUGGUGUGGAGGCAGAGAGGAAGAACUUUGGGAUGUCUUGGGUCCUUUCUACUCAUCGGUUCUCUCGGAAUCGGAACUGCACAGCAGCAGCUCCUCUCUUACCCUAGGCGUAGAUUCGUCGAUCUUACCAUCAUGUCUAAUCUUAAUCGUGCCCUCGAGUUCAAUACAUAUCAAGGGUCUACUGAGGAUCCCGCAAUGUCCUUCUCACUACUCUCCUCAAUCUACAGUGCCUCCCUUUUUUCCGCAGCAAACAGCACCUCGACCGCCGCCGAAGUGCUCCCUCUCUUCAACUGCCCCAGCGGUGGCUGCGUCUUCAACACCUUCACCACACUCGGAAUAUGCAGCGAAUGCAACGACGCAACCUCCCAGAUCAUCCAACUCUGCGACAGCGACAAUAGCUACUGCACCGCAUCAUUCCAAGGCCUACAAGCAUUCUCCUGGAGCGCAAGCUCCUCGACAGAGCUCAACACCCUACUAAACCAGUCCUCCAUCACCAACUCCUCUGUUCCAUCCAACGUAAAAUCUCCCUUCGCACGAACUGCACACCUCCAAGCCGAAUACGGUACCGAUGGGUCCCUACCCCCCCGCUACACCGCGGCCGAAUGCGCAAUCUACUACUGCGUCAAAGAGAUCCAAGCCAACGUCACAAACGGCACCUACACCGAAACAGUCCUCACCGCGCUCGAAAACACCAACCACAACCCCAUCACUACCUCCGGAGACAUGACUAUAACCGGCGCCGCCGCCAACGAAAGCUUCCUCAUCACCGCCCCCGCCCACGCCUCACUGGUCGGAUCCCACGGCCUCACCGCAGCCCUCACCGGCUCCGCCCGCAGCGGCGCCAAUAGCACCACUCAGCUCUUCACCUCCGACAUCCUCCGCGGCUUUGCGCAGGACCCUGACAUCGCGCGCACUAUGGAGUGGGUCAGCACGGCGCUCACGAACCGGCUCCGCAACUUGGAUCGCACUGCGCAGAAGGCCAUGGGUGAGUCUUAUACCGUGCAGUCGUUCAUCCGGGUGCGGUGGAUGUGGCUGCUGUAUCCGGUGACGCUGUGGACGGCGUCGCUGGUGUUUUUGAUUUGUGUGGUUGUGGAGACGAGGGGGAGGGGGAUGAGGGCGUGGGGGGCGAGUCAGUUGGCGCUGGUGUGGUAUGGGUUGGAUGCGGAGACGAGGGGGAGGGUGCGGGAUGGGGGUGGGAGGAGAUGA